AUGCUCUAUGGAAAUAACAUCAAGAGUCUGGAUGAAGACAAUCAUUGCAAGUAUCAAGGUAUCCUUCAAGCUGAUUUCAUCAAGCUCACUGAAGUCAAGAAGAAGGUUAAAAGUGAAAAUGAAGAUCUUCAGUCCAAACACAUGGCCGUUGGGAUAGUGGAGAGCGGUUUGGUUUCAUCGCUGGUGCAGAAGCUGAAGACCGAGAAGGAGGACAUCCAAGAGCUCAUCCUGGACACCCUCACAGGCUGCCUGCGAGUUGAAGCCUUCGAGGCCUUGGCUACAGGAUCUGUUGCUAUCUUGAAGGAGAAGCUGCGGGAUCCCUCACGGGCCAUCAGGUGCAAGGCUGCCCAGGUCCUCAUGGCCAUCAGCGUCCCAUUGGAGGGGAAGAACAUGGUCUUCAAAGAAAACGUCUUUCCGGACCUGGUCACCCUGCUGGAAGAUGAGGAUGCGGAGGUGCGAGCCAACGCUGCCGGGGCCAUCAUGAAUUCGGCAGUGACCACCCAAGGGAAAUAUGCUGCUAUUAAUGCAGAAGCCAUCGAGUAUCUUCUGCCUUUGAUCCACGAUGACAAGAGCAAAGUCCGCCUCUAUGCUAUCAAGGCCCUGACCAUGUUGUCAGAAGCCCCAGAAGGCCGCACGACUCUGCUGAAGCACGUGCCGGAAUUCCGGAAGCAGCUGAAGGAUUCCAGUGAGACCGUGCAGAGAGCAGCCCAGAUCGCCAUACAGGUCAUUGAAUGGAAACCUUAGGAAGCCCUCUUGGCAACUGACAAUAGCCCUGGGACUGUAAGGAGCCAUUUUGUGUGAGGGAUAGCUGGCUGAAAGAGAACAGGCAGCUCCCUGGUGAAGGGUCUAGUCUCAUUCAGGGGGAAGGAAGAGGGGAGCAGAAUGAGAACAGCCUUUAAAGCCCUGAAUGGUACAGGGCCAGGUGACCUGAUCAAACAUCUCCUCCCACUGGGUCACAUCCCUCCUACUCAGAUUGGCAGAGAGGACCCACUUCAGAUCCUGUCAGAACUCCAACUGAAAGGUGGGAUCCAAAAGAAGAACCUUCCCUCUGGAACCUCCUGCCUUUCCCCACCCUCCCUCCUGGCUCUGCUGGUUGACUUGGGGUCCAAAGGGGAGGGGGCUGCUGGAUUGAUGGCAGAAUCCACCUCCCCCCUUGCUCUCUGCCCUCCCCCCCCCGUCCAUCUUUUUCAUUAGCAUAUUGAUGUGUUCCCAUUGUGUUCUUUUUCUUUAUUUUAUUGUUCUCUUUACUUCUGAU